CGAUAUGUCGGGUCUGGUAGAUUAUCGGUUUACCACACUGAUAACCCGUCUUUCUCUUCUUUCUCUACUUCUCUCUCUUAAACCCUAGCACCGUCUAAAGUCGGGGCUCCUGCUGUCCAUCUUCUCAAUCUGGAAGCGUAAGAUAAUCCUCUUCCGCCAUGCCUCAAGGUGAUUACAUAGAUCUUCACAGGAAGAGACAUGGCUAUCGCCAUGAUCACUUCGAGCGCAAACGCAAGAAAGAUGCUCGGGAAGUUCACAAGCGGUCUCAAAUUGCUCAGAAGGCUCUGGGUAUCAAGGGUAAGAUGUUCGCUAAGAAGCGUUAUGCUGAGAAGGCCCAAAUGAAGAAAACGUUGGCUAUGCAUGAAGAAUCAUCAACUAGGCGAAAGGUGGAUGAUAAUGUUCAUGAAGGAGCUAUUCCUGCUUAUCUACUUGAUCGUGAAACGACAGCACGGGCAAAGGUUCUUAGCAACACUAUAAAGCAAAAGAGGAAAGAGAAAGCUGGUAAAUGGGAGGUUCCUCUACCCAAGGUCAGGCCUGUGGCUGAAGAUGAGAUGUUUAAAGUGAUCAGAUCCGGUAAAAGGAAAACCAAGCAGUGGAAGAGGAUGGUCACCAAAGUUACAUUUGUGGGACCAGGUUUUACGAGAAAACCUCCCAAGUAUGAGCGGUUUAUCCGUCCUACGGGUUUGCGAUUCAAUAAAGCCCAUGUAACACACCCUGAACUCAAAUGCACUUUCAAUCUUGAGAUGAUUGGAAUAAAGAAGAAUCCUAAUGGUCCAAUGUACACGUCCCUUGGUGUUGUAACUAAAGGAACCAUUAUUGAGGUGAAUGUCAGUGAACUAGGUCUGGUCACACCAGCAGGAAAAGUUGUAUGGGGGAAGUAUGCCCAAGUGACGAAUAAUCCUGAGAAUGAUGGUUGUAUAAAUGCAGUUCUCCUUGUCUAAGAGGUGAAAACAGAAUAUGGGUCACCCCACCCAUUGCUUUCAGUCCCUCUUUUCUUCUAUCGAGUUGCUCUCCCUGUUGAUUAUGUUUUUUUUCUUCAAGAAUGACUCUGUCUCUCUCUCUCUCUCUCUCUCUCUCUCUCUCUCUGUAGCAAUUUUCUUAUGUCCUUGGUUCGAGUUAAGUAAUGGUUGUAACAUGAUGUGAAAUUUUGGGCGAAUGACAAAAAUUUUGGUGCCAA